AUGGCAUCAAUUCCUCUGCACCCACUUUCUGAAGCCAGUUCACUGGAUCAGAUAAUGGAGAGAACUGGUCAAAUAUCGAUAGACCUUCGAAGUACAACAGCAAGCGAUACGACUGGCUAUGCCUCACUCUGCAGAGAUGCUCAACACGAUCAAGACGUGCCAGCGUCGAUUGGGGUAGACAUCGGUUCGGAAACCAGCACCUGUCCUCCAAUAGCUAUUGUUGUUUUUGGUGGAAAAAAAGAUGGACUAUGCGAAGUACCCGAAAGUCGCUACAAGGUGGAAUCUUUCUACAGCGAAUCCAAACCUCAUUCCGUGAGAACAAACAAAGGAUAUUUUCUCCAAGAUGAUCCUACUUGCUUCGACGCGGAUUUCUUCUCAAUUACGUCCCCAGAAGCUGCUCGCAUGGAUCCGCAGCAGCGACAGCUGUUAGAAGUUGUCUGGGAGUGCCUCGAGACUGCCGGUGAAACAAAUUGGCGCGGAAAAGAGAUUGGGUGCUUUAUCGGUGUCUACGGAGAGGACUGGUUGGAACUGACUAGCAAAGACUCUCAAGGAAUCGAUCGAUAUCAUGUUCUAGGGACAGGGCAGUUUGCGUUGUCAAAUCGGGUGUCUUAUGAAUAUGAUUUUCAAGGACCGAGAACGUUUGACGAGAAAGCCGAUGGAUACGGCAGAGGAGAAGCAAUCAAUGCAAUUUAUAUCAAACGCCUCAGCGACGCUGUACGAAACAAUGACCCCGUGAGAGCCAUCAUCCGAGCGACAUCAACCAACUGCGAUGGAAGAACGCCGAGUAUCACGACCCCAGGCUCUCUAACUCAAGAACGUCUCGCUAGAAAGGCGUACAAGAAGGCAGGGAUCAAAGACAUCACUCAAACAGGAUUUUUUGAGUGCCAUGGCACUGGCACAACCAUUGGUGACACCGCAGAGGCUUCCGUAGCGGCCAAAUUAUUUCAGGACAAAGGAGUAAUCCUCGGAUCUGUCAAACCCAACGUCGGCCAUUCGGAAGGGGCAUCGGGGAUAACCAGCAUGAUCAAAGCAGCUCUAUGUCUAGAACAUGCCGCAAUUCCGCCAAAUAUUUUCUACGAAACUCCAAACUCCAAAAUACCUUUCAAGGAAGCCAAGUUGCAAGUACCGACAGAUGUCACACCUUGGCCAAAAGAUCGCCUAGAGAGGGUUAGUAUCAAUUGUUUCGGAAUCGGCGGAUCAAAUGCACAUGUGGUGAUGGACUCAACUGAGUUGUAUUGUGGAAGACUUUAUUCCUCGCAAGUGAUCGAAUCUUCUCCAUGCAAUAGUUCGCGACUUCUCGUGGUCUCAGCGAGAAGCUCGGAAGCUUUACAGCAACGAAUCCAAGGGAUCACUCAGUACGUGAACAACAAUGCAACUGCCCUCUAUGAUCUGGCUUAUACUUUGGGUUCUCGGCGCGAGCACCUUCCACAUCGCGCCUUUGCUGUUGCUCAGCUAGAUAAGCCACUUGAAGGCUCAUCGUUUCAAAAAGGACAGAUCAAACCGGCAACACUGACCUUCGUUUUCACUGGUCAAGGUGCCCAAUGGGCAGGGAUGGGGAAAAGCUUGCUGGAAACUUUUGAAACCUUCAAAAUGGAUAUGCAAGUUCUGGACAGUGUACUUCAAGGGCUUGAAGACCCUCCUUCAUGGUCAUUGCUAGAUGAGCUUUCCAAGACAGGCAGCGAUAGUCGUGUGAGCACUGCUGAAAUUUCCCAACCUCUAUGCACCGCGCUUCAGAUUGGUCUGGUAAAUCUUCUCGGCCGUAUGGGAGUCCGACCAUCGUCUGUUGUUGGACAUUCGAGUGGAGAAAUUGCGGCAGCGUAUGCAUCAGGGGCAAUUUCUGCCAAAUCAGCGAUUAUCAUUGCGUAUUUUCGGGGACAGGCAACAAGAUCUCAAGAGAGAAAGGGAGAAAUGGUGGCCAUUGGUCUCGGUCGCAAUGAAGUUUCUCUCUACUUGGAAGAUGGGGUCAUUCUUGCUUGCGAAAACAGCCCGUCAAGCGUUACUCUUUCUGGAGACAUUGACGCAAUUCACCGCGUAAAGGCAAGGAUCAAGGAAGAUUUUCCGGACGCUCUGUGCAGGCCAUUGAAGGUCAAGAUAGCAUACCACUCGCAUCAUAUGGUUGAGCCUGGAAAAGCCUAUGAGACAUGCCUUUCGACUUGCAUCGAGUUCAAUGAAAUGAUGGUUCCCCUGUUCUCGAGUGUGAAUUCGAAGAAAAUCGAGACCCCUGCAGACCUCAACGCUGCAUAUUGGCGACAAAACCUAGAGUCGCAAGUCCUAUUUCUUGAUGCUGUACAGGGUAUUCUCUCGGACACAGAGAAUACGCAGAAUUUCUUAGAAGUAGGGCCGCAUUCUGCCCUCGCAGGUCCUCUCCGUCAGAUUUUCAAGUCAAUGACGUUAAAGAAAGACCCCGUCUACACCCCAACUCUAACACGGAACUCCGAGGACGCGCAUUCCCAGAUCCUUCAUACACUUGGAUGUGUGCAUUUGAGCGGCUUCAGUGUAGACUUUGCGGCAGCAAAUGGCACUGGAAAGGUGCUCGUGAAUCUACCUUCAUAUCCAUGGCAGCAUACUACCCGGCAUUGGCAUGAGAGCCGUAUGGCUAACCGGUGGAGAUGCCAAGAAUACCCUCAUCAUGAGAUUCUUGGUGCUCGAAUUGUCGAAUCGUCUGAUCUAGAGCCCUCGUGGAGGAAUCUUCUCCAUUUAGAAGAUGUCCCGUGGAUAUGGGACCACAUUUUGCAAGGAAAUGUUAUCUUUCCUGCAGCUGGAUAUGUUGCAAUGGCAGGCGAAGCCAUGUGCCAGCUCCAUCCUGGCACCCGGGACUACUCAAUUAAGAAUAUGUCAUUCAAGUCGCCUCUUUUGCUAAGAGAUGAACAAGUGGUUGAACUGGUCACUUCGUUAAGGACGGUGAAGUUUAAUGAUUAUGCCGACUCGGAAUGGUAUUCGUUUAACAUAAUGGCAUAUGACGGCACAGAUUGGACUACUCACUGCCACGGACAAGUGCGAUCCCAUUUCGACCAUCCACCAUCAAUCAAACAACUCGAGCGCAAGCUUCGUGCGGUCAACUCAGACCAGUGGUACCAAGCAUUGAAAAAUCACGGCCUGAGCUAUGGACCAAGCUUCAGAGGCUUGAGUGAUAUCUCCGCAGAUCCAGUUGCAUUCGAGGCCCACGCAGUUGUGACUAACCGAAGCGAUAGCUGUCCGAGCAGAUACACACUUCAUCCCACUGUCAUCGACCAGUGCCUUCAAUUAAUGAGUGUAGCUAUGACCAACGGACUAUCACGCCGCAUCGACCGACUUGCUAUCCCUGCUACUAUGGGCCAUCUCUACAUUGGAGGCGAGGCAUCUGACAUGAGCUUAGGGGUGAACCUCACUCGGCAUAGGAUUGGUCCCUUUGCUGGAAAUGCGAUCUUGAUGGGUGAUGGGAAGCCCCUAUUGUCACUUACUGAAGCGGCAUUUUUCAGCAUUCAAGAUCCUGCACUAAAUGGGUCCAGUAUACCUCUCACCUCUGAAAUCAGAUGGAUGCCAGACCUCGAUUUGACUCCAUCCGAGAUGUGGAUGCCUCAACCAUAUAGUUCUGGUCAAUAUAUCGACAUCGUGAGGGACCUUGCAAAAACCAGUUGUUUAUAUGUUUUAGAGACAGCUGAACUGAUGGCUCAAUGUGAGCCAAGUGACACCACCAUCGCGAAAUUCAAGAGUUGGGUAAAUGCUGAGGCUCUCAAAUUACGAUCAGGGGAGAACAAUAUGUUUACUGAAUCUGUGGAAUGGAUCUCCAUGAGCUCAAAAGAGAGACAUCAGACCAUCAAGGAUAUUUCCAGCAAAUGGGAGGAUAAAACAAUGUUCACUGAUGUGGCUGCAUGCCUACAAGCCAUAUGGGAGAAUAUUCUUGACCUCGCGACUGGAUCAAAAUCCGCUCUCGACGUUCUCAUGGAAGACGAUAAACUUGAGAAAUUCUAUGUUUGUGUGGACCAGGCCUUUAUUUGGGACUAUCCACUUCAACUUCUCGGACAUGCCAAUCCGAGAUUGCGUAUUCUGGAAAUUGGUGCAGGAACUGCGGCUACAACGAGAAGAGUUUUGAGCAAUCUCAAGUCUAAAGAAGGACACCGCCUCUAUUCCAGCUACGUCUUCAGCGACAUUUCCUCGGGUUUUACUAUUGCGGCCCAGGAAAAAUUGGCAGAGCACCCAAACCUAAAAUUCAAAGUGCUCGACAUCUCUCGCGACCCUGAAGAGCAGGACUUUGAGCCUCACUCGUUUGACUUGGUGAUUGCAUCGAACGUCAUUCAUGCUACUCCACACCUGAAAGAGACCCUUCAGAACAUACAUAAGCUCUUGUCGCCGAAUGGAAAGCUCCUGUUGCAUGAACUUCAUCCAGAGACAUUGACAAUAUGUCUUAUAAUGGGUACACUUCCCGGCUGGUGGCUAGGAGAAAAGGAUGGCAGAUCUGAUAGACCCUUUGUGUCGCCCGAAAGAUGGGACCGUGAGCUUCGAGCCGCUGGCUUCACUGGAAAUGAAGCGUACGGUUUUGACGGUGUCCGGCCUUUCCAGUCUAAUUUUCUCAUGUUUUCGAAGAUCUUUAAAGAGCCACUCCAAAACAAGAUACUUCUCGUCACAAACAAAACACCACAUCACUGGGCUCUCGAAUUUGCAUCCCAUCUCCGGGACAAAGGCCACCCCGUGGAGCUAGGCACGCUGGAUGACGAACCGUCUGUCGAUCAAGAUGUUUUCUUUCUGUUGGAUUUGGAUAAUGCAUACCUGCAACAGAUGUCUGAAACCAAAUUUGUGUGCCUUCAAAGCUAUAUCUCAACUGUCAAAAACCAGAUUGUUUGGGUGACGCCAUCUUCCCAGAUGAGCUGCGAAGACCCGAGCUACGGACUCGUCUUUGGCUUCGCCCGGUCGCUCAGGAAGGAGAUGACUCUGGAUUUCUCGAUUUUUGAAAGCGAUUCUUUUGAUGCUACCGCGGCAGAAUCCUUAGGUCGGGUCUACGAAAAGAUCAAAAGAUCCAGGGAGACUCAAGAUGUGGACCCAGAAUACGAAUUUUCCUAUAGGAGCGGCGCCACCUAUGUUGGUCGAUGCCACUGGGGCUCUUUGAGGAACAGCUCAAUUUCAGAACCGGCAGACAAGAUGAUCACAAAACUUGAUAUCAGCAAUUAUGGCCUUUUGGACUGCCUGCAUUGGACAGAAGCUCCCGCGGAGCACCUGGGCAGUGGGCAAGUUGAAAUUGAAAUCAAGUAUAUCGGCCUUAAUUUCAGAGAUGUUCUCGUUGCUCUCGGUCUGGUAGGCGAUAAGCGAGAAUUUGGGUUGGAGGCCAGUGGUGUUGUUCGUCACGUCGGCUCCGAUGUUACUGACUUCUUGCUCGGCGACGAGGUGAUUCUCCUUGGUCGUGGCAACUUACAAUCACGGGUCAUUGUGGAUGCAAACCAUUGCUUGAAGACCCCAAGUGGUCUAUCUCUUGAGCAGGCUGCAACUAUGCCGACAGUCUUUGCUACUGCCAUUUACUCUUUGAUAGAAGUGGGUUCUUUAAAGAAGGAUCAGACAGUCCUCAUUCAUUCCGCGUGUGGAGGAGUUGGCCUUGCAUCUAUCCAAAUCUGUCAGAUCAUUGGUGCCGAGGUAUUUCGUCUUCCUCACCAAAUCCGCCCGUUUGAGUGUGUCAACGAAGCUAAAUUCUAUCAGAUUUUCGCGACCGUAGGAAGCGAUGAGAAGGUUCAGUAUUUGAUGGACCAAUUUGGCAUUCCUCGAAACCGCAUUUUUAACUCCCGCAAUGCCGAGUUUUUGCCAGCCAUUAUGCUUGAAACUAACGGGCGCGGUGUUGAUAUCGUUCUCAAUUCCCUAGCUGGGGAAUUGCUACAUGCAUCAUGGGAAUGUGUCGCAAGUUGCGGGAGGAUGAUCGAGCUCGGAAAGCGGGAUAUUUAUGCCAACGGGACACUGGGUAUGAUGCCUUUUGCCAAGAAUUGCGCUUUCUUUGGUGUCGACCUAUUUGGAUUAUUCGAGCAGGAUCCGGAAAUCCCCCGUGAACUCUUCUCCCGACUAAUCUCCUGGGCUGAGCUUGGCAAGAUCAAACCUAUACAGCCAGUGAACAAGUUCGGUGCAGCUGAAAUCAGAGAUGCCUUCAGGUACAUGCAACAAGGCAUCCAUAUGGGUAAAAUUCUGAUUGAGAUGCCGAAUAACCUCACUGAGAUAUCGGAGUCUAGAACCGUGUCACGAACCUCUUUCUCUUCGGAGAAAGCUUACCUGCUAGUAGGUGGUCUCGGUGGUCUGGGUCGGUCUAUCUCUACAUGGAUGGUUGAAAAUGGCGCACGACAUCUCGUAUAUCUGUCUCGUUCUGCUGGGCAGUCAGAGGCCGAUCAAAACUUCAUCGAACAGCUGAAAGCGCAAGGUUGCUACCCAAUAUGCGUGCCAGGGAGUGUAUCAGAGCUCUCCAAAGUCCAAAAUGCGGUGGCAAAGUGUGUGAAGCCCCUUGCCGGCGUGUUGCAAAUGUCAUUGGGUAUUUGGGAUCAACUAUUUGCUAAAAUGAGCUUUGAUGAAUGGGGCUCUGCCCUUUCACCUAAAGUGACCGGUACCUUGAACAUCCACCAGGCCGUUGACCAGAUGAACCUUGAUUUCUUCGUUGUCUUCAGUUCAAUUGGUGGAACGUGUGGGAACAUAGGCCAAGCAAACUACGCGGCUGCAAACACAUUUGUUGACAGCUUCACCCAAUACCGACGGCAGAAAGGUCUUCCAUGUUCAUCACUGGCCCUUGGACCGGUAGAAGAUGUUGGCUUUUUCAGUCGCGACUCCAGGCUUGUGCGGUCUAGACGAUCGGGUUCACUUCAUCUUCUAAGCGAGGGCGAAUUGAUCGCGGGGCUAGAGGCUGCAAUCAAUCAGUCGACAGCAGGGAAUCCGAGCCCUAUAAUUGUCGGGUUGAAUAACACAAAGCACUCCUCAGAGCCAGGGGUACAUCCUCUCUGGAUCAGCGACAUGCGAUACGCUCUAUAUUACAAUAUAGAGUCAAAAGAGGGCAGGCAGGUACUAGUGUCGAGUGAUCACCUCAAAAGUCUUCUAGGAAGGGUAGAAGAGAAUCCUGCACUCCUGGAUGAGCCUGAAACUGAAAAGAUUAUCCGUGAGGAACUGGCAAAUUUGAUUACACAACACAUGCCGAACGCCGCCGGGUUGGAUGAGGAGGAAAAGGCUAAGAUAGCCAUCGAUUCCCUUAUGUCAAUUGAGAUUAGAGGCUGGGCACGGCGCAAUCUCGGGCUUGAAAUCAGCUUGGCGGAGAUAACGAAGGCUGGUACCGUUGGAAAUCUUGGAAGUGUGGUGAUGGAGCAUCUGCGUACGAAGUAUUGUGUGAAAUGA